AUGCCGAAUGCUCAAGAGUCGCCAUCUGAGGGCAGCUCCGUCGAUGUCGACGAUACGUCCUCUUCUCCGACGCCUAAAGAGGUCGAAGCGACCAUAAGUGUUGGGGUGACCACCACGACCAAGGAACCCCUUCAAGUGCGCCCGAUCCACGGCUGGAAAUGGAUCCUGACCUGCGUCGCCAUCUACCUCACGGGGCUGCUCUACGGGUUAGACACCACCAUCGCGGCAGACGUGCAGCCCAACAUCGUCAAGUCACUCGGCCACGUGGAGGACCUGACCUGGGUGGGCGCCGGCUUCCCGCUCGGCGGUGUGGCCGUCAUCCUCCCACUCGGAUCCGCGUUCGGCUUGUUCGAGAUCAAACGCCUCUACCUUGCGUCCAUCGUUGUGUUCGAAGUUGGCAGCGCCGUCUGUGGAGCAGCGCCGAACAUCGACGCUCUCAUUGUCGGCAGGGUCAUCGCCGGGGCAGGCGGGGCAGGCAUGUACCUCGGCGUGCUCAACUACAUAGGGACCUUCACGACGCUAGAAGAGCGCAGUUUGUACAACGCAAUCAUUGGCAUGGUCUGGGGCCUGGGUGCCAUCCUCGGACCGCUGGUGGGAGGCGGCUUUGCAACGUCGUCGGCCACGUGGAGAUGGGCGUUCUACAUCAACUUGGUCAUUGCCGGCGUCAUGGCUCCAGCGUUCAUUUUCCUCCUGCCCACCCACCAGCCUGCUCCCGACAAGAAGCUGUGGGACAAGUUGCGCCACAUGGACUGGCUGGGUAUCAUCCUCAUUGCCUCUAUCUACACGACAUACACGCUGGCCUUAACGUUUGGCGGCGCCCAAUGGGCCUGGGACAACUACCGGUUCAUCCUCACCAUGACGCUGUGCGGGAUCAUUCUUGUGACGUUUGUGGUGACGCAGUACUUUGCGGUGUUGACGACCAAGGAACGGCGCGUGUUUCCCGGACACUUCCUGCGGUCGCGGACGCUGAUUCUCAGCUUCGUCUGCACGUCGACCACGGUGACCUGCCUGUUCCUGGGGGCGUACUACAUCCCGCUGAUCUUCCAGUUCGCGCGGGAUGACUCGGCCAUCAAGGCGGCGGUGCGGCUGCUGCCGUUCAUCGUGCUGACCAUAGUCUGCGUCCUGCUCAACGGCAUCUUCAUGCCCAAGCUCGGCUACUACAUGCCGUGGUACGUGGCUAGCGGCGCCUUCUGCCUCGUCGGCGCCAGCCUCAUGCACACCAUCGAUCCGGACACGUCCCCUGCCCGCAUCUACGGCUACAGCCUGCUGCUCGGCAUCGGCACCGGCUGCGGCAUGCAGGCCGGCUACAGCGUCGCCGCGACGAAAGUGAAGCCGGAAGACACCCCCGCCGCCAUCGGCUUCAUCAAUGUCGCGCAGAUCGGCACCACCGUCAUCGCCCUGACCAUCGCGGGCGCCGUGUUCCAGAACGGGGCCUUCGACGACCUCAAGCGCGGGCUCGCCCAGGUCGCCGCCUCGGCAGAGGGAGGAAGCGGAAACUCGGCAACCCUACUAUACUCGGACGCUGAGAUCCGCAACGCCAUCUCCGGCACUCAGUCGCUGAUCUUCCAGCAGGGCGACGCCGCCGUCCGGGACGCCGCCGUGCGCGCCAUCAUCAAGGCCAUCGACAGCGUCUACAUCAUGGGCAUUGCCGCGGGCGCCGUCACGCUGGUGUCGGCCUUGUUGAUGAGGAGAGAGAGAUUGAUCAUGAACGUCGUUGCUGGUGGCUGA